AUGAAGGUGUGUUUUAAGGGGGUCUAGGAUUGUUGUAGCUCCACUUGCAUUGUAUUUCGGCCGUUUGCAGCUCGCCACAGCUACCGUACUCCUCUCCUCGCUUCUUUUGAGCUCUUUCUCUUUUGAGCACGGCCAGGAGGACACUCUGGAAAGCCUUUUCCCGCGUUCCGGAGACGGUGACGUCAUCUUUCUGGAUCUGUCCGAUGUCGACCACGCAAAUGGAGCCGAGGUUCCUUUAGACUUUUUUGAACGCAAUUUUAUGUGGAUGCUCUUCAGAUUCCGCGAAAUUUGACAGAGGAGGACACAAAAAUCAUUCCGACCAACAUUGAUUUCGCCGCUUUGAAGUGAGUUUUCCCUGAGCAUAAAUGCUGAAAAUUAAAAUUUAGAGAGGCGUAUGCGAAGGAGAAUAAGGCCGAGAGAUUCCUUCCGUCUCGACUCUUUUUCGAGGACAAAAAGAGAAAGUAA